UUGAAGAUGGAUCAAAAACGAAUUGGAUAAUAUUGGCUAGUUGCGGCUGGAUAGCUAGUCCGUGAUGACGAGUAUUAUGGAUAUCACUUGGCAUUGGGGACAAUAACUUGAUCAAACAUCUUGACAAGGAGCCGAUUUCGGAUCAGACACGCCGAUGUCAGGCGCGUGAGGCAGCUUGAAGACGAGAGAAUCGGUUUUCAACGGGGCCAUCGCAAGAAGCAGUGCUUACGGGGCAAAACCUCCACCAUUGUGUAGGAAAGAAAAUAGAAACCUCCCUAGCAAGUGUUAUUUACGCAUGUUGCCCGCUCCUACCAGUAUCAUUAUCCGCAUAUCAACGGCUGUAACAUCAUCAUGACUCAAACAUUCCGCAUUCUUGUCCUUCCAGGCGACCAUGUCGGGCCUGAGGUGAUGGCCGAGGCCCUCAAAGUACUAGACGUCGUGGAAGAAUGUCGCCCAAACCUCAAAUUCGAGCGCACUUUCGACCUCGUCGGCGGAAGCAGUAUCGACAAGCACGGCGUCCCAGUUACAGAGGAGGUCCUCGACAAAGCCAGCAAGAGUGACGCGGUGCUAUUUGGCAGCGUGGGCGGCCCAGAGUGGGCAAAUGCUUCCCCCAACCCAGAGGCUGGCAUUCUGGGUCUUCGACACAAGCUGGAUGCAUUUGCGAAUCUACGGCCGUGUGAGAUCCUCGUGCCGUCCCUGCUGGAAGCCUCGCCUCUCAAGCCUGAUAUCGUCAAAGGCACCAAGUUUAUCGUCGUGAGAGAGAACUGCGGCGGUGCUUACUUUGGAGACAAAGUCGAAAAGCCCGAAGUUGCAUCGGACUUGUGGGUAUAUGAGCCCCGAGAAGUCGAGCGCUGUGCUCGUGUGUCGGCCGCGGUGGCGAAGAUAUUGGGGAAGAAGGGUGACGGCAAAGGCGGCGGCGGUCCAGCCACUGUCUGGAGCGCUGAUAAAGCAAAUGUUCUGGCCAGCGGCAGGCUUUGGCGCAGAGUCACGGAAGACGUGUUCAAGAGAGAGUUUCCGGAUAUCGAGUUGCGCCACCAGCUCGCGGACAGCAUGGCCAUGUUGAUGGUCAAGAACCCUCGCGGCUUCAACGGAGUCAUUCAUACAGACAACACCUUUGGCGAUAUUUUGUCCGAUAUUUCGGGCGGAAUCGUAGGCAGCCUCGGGACUCUGCCGAGUGCGAGCAUUUCUGGCAUCCCUGGAGAGGGAAGAUGCAAUGGCAUCUAUGAGCCGGUGCAUGGCAGCGCUCCAGACAUUGCUGGGAAGAACUUGGUCAACCCAGUCGCGCAGAUUCUGAGUCUGGCGAUGCUGCUGAGGUAUUCGUGCGUGCUUGUAGACGAGGCGGUGGCCAUUGAGAAGGCCGUCGAGAGGGUAUUUGAUUCGAAGGAAGCUGGCGGGCUCGGGAUUCGGACAAAGGAUAUGGGAGGUGAUGCUGGGACGAAGGAGGCUGGAGAUGCCAUUGCUAGCGAGGUUCGACGCCUCUUACAGGCAAAUUGAAAAGGAUAAGGUGUUGUUCAACUUAGUGGUACGAUUGGCUGUACAAUGCGAGCUGAGAUCUUUAGUGGUAGCACAAGCGAGGAACUCGUUCAGUGGCUAUAGGCAUGUGGUAGGUAGUAUCUGGUUUUCGCAGAGCCAAAGCAGCAGUAAUAUUUUAGUCUUUCAGGCAAGGGUGCAGAGGCCCAUGUGCUCCUCUCCUCUGCGUAGUGGCAGCUGAAGAGCAGUUGCAAGGAUGAGCAUGUAAUUACGGCGUAUCACAGAGACAAAGAUAAACGUAACGAGUCAACCAAUUGCGUUGAUAAAAUUCGGUUCCUCUUACUCUAUAUUAAAAU